GCGCAGCCACAGACGGAGCUCCGUUCACGCAUCUGAGGGAUCGGUUAACCCGGCCGUUGGCGCGCGCAGUGCUGAUUAGCCCGGCUCUGUUUAGUCCGGCACCAUGUCGUCCAGCCCGCAGGACCAGAACCAGGAGCCGAAGGAGGAACAGAAAGAGGAGACGAAGGAGGAGAAAAGGGAAGAAAGAAAGAAGGAGGAGCAGAAGGAGUCCUGGAAGGAUCUGAUAUACAACCCCAGGACCGGAGCGUUCCUGGGCCGGACCGCCAGCAGCUGGGGGCUCAUCCUCCUCUUCUACUUCGUCUUCUACGGCUUCCUGGCGGGAAUGUUCACCCUCACCAUGUGGGUGAUGUUACAGACUCUGGACGAAAACGUCCCCCGCCAUCAGGACCGAGUGGCCAAUCCAGGUUUGGUGAUUCGUCCUCACACAGCUGAAAUCUCCUUCAACCGCAGUGACCCGACAAACUACAACCAGUACAUCCAACAACUGCACGACCUCCUGCAGAAUUACAACGACAGCCUCCAGGAGAGGAAUGACUUGUGUCUGGUGGGCGAAUACACGGAACAGGACGGCGAGCUGAUCAAGAAGGUGUGUCAGUUCAAACGCAGUACGCUGCGUCAGUGCUCCGGUCUGCCCGACACCAGCUUCGGAUACGCUGAGGGGAAACCAUGCAUCAUCAUCAAGAUGAACCGGGUGAUCGGACUGAAACCCAGAGGAGACCCCUACAUCAACUGCACGGCCAAGAGAGACGGCCCGUUACAGAUGCAGUACUUCCCAUCAGAAGGUCGUCUGGACAGAAUGUUUUUCCCGUACUACGGCAAGAAAGCUCAUCCGGACUACGUGCAGCCCCUGGUCGCGGUGCAGUUGUUGUUGACAAAAGAAGACUACAACGUGGAGCUGGCGGUGGAGUGUAAAGUUGAGGGUUCAGACCUGCGUAACAACGACGACCGGGACAAGUUUAUGGGUCGGGUCAACUUCCGGGUCAAAGUGUCGGAGUGACGGGACUCACCGGUUUCCAUGGACACCACAAACUGAAUUUCAACUGGAAACACCCCUCCAGUUCUUGACACGUUGUAAUCCAGACCUGAUCUAAUCCUUGACAUCUGAAUCUGGUUUAUCCUGUUCAGACUGUUAUCAGGAAACCAGAUCUGGACCACUGAGAUCUAAAUAUGGUUACACUGCCAGAACCCUUUAAACCUGAUCUGUUUCAGACCUGAUCUGGUUCAGACCCGGUUAACCCUAACCCUGGUCCAGAUGUUUUUCUUUACUACAGAUGUGCUCCUCAGUAGACCAAACAUAAACCAGAGUGACUCCAGUUUAACCCGUUCAGACAGCUGGAGCGGAUCAGGUCUGUUGUGAGCUGUUUUCAGAUGUGUGUAUGAUAGUGUUUUAAUACGAUCCCAGUAGUCCGUUACAGAAACCAGCUCAGUGACCCGGUAAUCAGCUUCAUGCCUUUGUAAUAGAACACCACGCUGAACAUGUGACUCGGCGUGAAUUCGUUCAGGGACGGUCCAGCAGCCGGAUCGCUGUGUUUCAUGUUUCACCUGAAUUCUAGCUUCCUGUUUUAAAGUCGUGUCACUGUGACUCUGUGUUAGGGACAGAUUAUUAAUGAUGAUGGCAACGGCUCCUGCAGGGGGCGCUCUGCGUAGACCUGCAGCAGAGAGCGCCCUCUACAGGACAAACUGUCAGAAAUAAUGCUAAUAUAUAGUUUAUGAAUCUGUUAAGCUCCUCCCACUGUAACCCGACUGUACAACCACGCGCACAGAUUUUUAAACGUGACUUUGAGUGUUGUGUGAUUAUUGAUCCUGACGACUCAGCAGUUUCUAUCCUGAAUAAAAGACUCUAAAACAAA